GAAAAGAUUGGCGAUGAGGAGCAUUUCAAAGACGGCGUGCAUAAUCCAGAAUACGACAGGCAGGCGUUCCUUGGCGAAGAAGAAGCAAAGAAAUACAAGGAGUUGACCCCUGAACAAAGCAAAGAACGAUUGGCAAAACUGCUGGUCAGAAUGGACAAGGAUAAUGACGGCUUUCUGAAUGAGCAGGAGCUGAAGGACCACAUCGCGUACAUGAAUAAGCGGUAUAUCUCGAAGGACGUGGAACGUAACUGGGCUCAUUACAAAAAGGAAACCAUGGAAGACAUGGACAAGAAUGGCGAUGGAUUUGUAGAUUUGGAAGAGUAUAUAAACGACCUCUAUCGACCUCAGGACUAUCCGGACCAGAAGACGGAGCCAGAUUGGGUUGCUUCUGAACGAACGAUGUUCAAGCAGUAUCGUGACAAAAACGGCGACGGCAAGAUGGACGCUGAGGAAAUGAGAAACUGGCUGAUGCCGCCUGGUUUCGACAACGUCGAAGCCGAAGCUAAUCACCUCUUGCACUUGUCUGAUGAUAAUAAGGACGGCAAGCUAUCCAAAGAGGAAGUGUUGACCCACUACGAAGUUUUCGUUGGCAGUCAAGCGACAGACUAUGGGGAACAGCUGCAUACGCACGAUCCGUCAGAACUUUAA